AGAGAAUUAAAAAAAAGUGACCCCUUCUUCAAGCUACAGCCCAAAAAGCAGAUAAAGAAAUCCCAAAGCCACUCUUCUUCUUUCCCAAGCUCUCUUUCAUAACUCUUCUCUCUCUCUCUCUCUCUCAUUUUACAAUCGUGAAACCCUAAUUAUGUCUAUUUUCGAGUACAAUGGAUCGGCUCUCAUUGCCAUGGUGGGGAAGAACUGCUUCGCCAUAGCCAGCGAUCGAAGACUCGGAGUUCAGCUACAAACAAUCGCCACCGAUUUCCAAAGGAUCUAUAAAGUUCACGAUCGACUUUUCCUCGGUCUCUCUGGCCUUGCCACCGACGCUCAGACUCUGUAUCAGAGGCUUGUGUUUCGGCACAAGCUUUAUCAGCUUCGUGAAGAGAGAGAUAUGAAGCCUGAAACUUUUGCUAGCCUCGUCUCCGCUAUUCUUUAUGAGAAAAGGUUUGGUCCAUACUUCUGUCAGCCUGUAAUUGCUGGAUUGGGAGAUGAAGACAAGCCAUUCAUUUGCACUAUGGAUUCAAUUGGAGCCAAGGAGCUAGCAAAGGACUUUGUUGUUGCUGGCACUGCAUCAGAGUCUCUCUAUGGUGCUUGUGAAUCAAUGUUCAGGCCUGACAUGGAACCUGAGGACUUGUUUGAGACCAUCUCCCAAGCUUUGCUAUCAUCAGUUGAUCGAGACUGUUUGAGUGGAUGGGGAGGACAUGUCUAUGUUGUAACACCAACUGAAGUAAAGGAGAGGAUCUUGAAGGGAAGGAUGGAUUGACCUAGGGCUGCAAUGUGUUUUUUUUCCCCUUUGUUUCAUGUUUAUGUAGCUUUGCAGUUAAUUAUGUCCUCCAAACUUCCCUUAAUAACAGAUUAUUUCACUUAUUAAAAAGAAGCGUGAAAUUUGAUGUACUUAAAUAUUUUUAAUUGAUGAGUCAUGAUGCAAUCUUGGGAAUUCAGAUG